AUGCGCAAAGUGAACUGCAACCAGAUCUGCGCCGCCGGCUACUCCGAGGCGACGAAGCGAGCGAUGGCGCAGCUCAGCGAGAAGGAGCUGUCCUUCGAGCUGGUGGAGGCGCUGAUUCGCUACAUCGGCACGCUCAGCGUUCACGGCGCCAUCCUGGUCUUCCUGCCCGGCUGGAACCUGAUCUUCGCGCUGCAGAAGUACCUGGAGAACUUGCCGCACUUUGGGGGGGGCCGGUACCGGAUCCUGCCGCUCCACUCGCAGAUCCCGCGGGAGGAGCAGCGUCUGGUGUUCGACAGCGUGCCUGACAACGUCACCAAGGUGAUCCUGUCGACCAACAUCGCCGAGACGAGCAUCACCAUCAACGAUGUCGUCUACGUCAUCGACUCCUGCAAGCAGAAGGUGAAGCUGUUCACGUCGCACAACAACAUGACCAACUACGCCACCGUGUGGGCGUCCAAGACCAACCUGGAGCAGCGGCGAGGGCGUGCCGGCCGCGUGCGAGCCGGGUUCUGCUUCCACCUGUGCAGCCACGAGCGCUUCAAGCGGCUGGAGUCCCACCUGACCCCGGAGAUCUUCCGCACGCCGCUGCACGAGGUGGCGCUCAGCAUCAAGCUGCUGCGGCUCGGAGCCAUCGGCCACUUCCUGGCCAAGGCCAUCGAGCCGCCCCCCCUCGACGCCGUCAUUGAGGCCGAGCACACACUCAGAGCGCCCGCAGCCCGACCGUGCCCAUCGGAGGUGCGGAUUGACCACGCGGGCUGCCACCACCGUCUCGCCCCGUCGUCCUAUCUCCCCGGAGCUUGA